UGCGGGUACACCGCUCUUCUCUGCGUGGCAGAUCGAUAGCAGGGGUCCUGUGGCGCGACCCGCCCGUUGAGUUCGCUCGCUGGCGUUUACUCCGACAUUACGCCGCGAAGCACUGCGCCGUACGCCCGCCCUUUCCGCGAUUUAUCUGCCGCCUCCGACGUCGACCCCAACGCGCGCGACCGUGUCCCAUACCAUGGAGAACAAAUAUUGGUGGUGGAUGGCGGCGGGGCUGGUACUGGUGUGUGCCGCUGCAGCCCGCGCCGACGGCGAGGUCUGGGAGGAGGGCGACCACGAAGUGCUCAUACGCAACGAGCGAGGCGCCAAGAACAAAGCUGCCUGUCGCUACGUCCGCAGCGCUUGGUCGGAGUGCGACUCUAAGACCAACAUCAAGUCGCGCGUGCUGACCCUGAAGAACGGCGACCCGUCCUCCUGCGAACGCACCAAGACCAUACAGAAGAAGUGCAAGAAGCCUUGUCGCUAUGAGAAGUCGUCGUGGAGCGAGUGCAAUUCCAAUGGCGAGAUGUCCAGGACCGACAUGCUGAAGAGCAACAGCGACCCCAGCUGCGAUCAGAGUCGGCGUGUCACCAAAAAGUGUAACAAGAACAAGCAAGUCAAGUCUGCUAAAGACAAGGGUCGCCGAAAUCGUCAGUAAAUUAUUAUAACAAAUUCAGACUAGGUUAAAAUUUUCUUUGUAAUAAAAUUUGAUGGUUGGUUCUAAUUUAUGUAAUAGUGCCAAAAUAGUGUCGUUACUUCAAAAUAUAAUAUUAUUUAAAUGUUUUUUAUAACACCCACACUUUAUUUAAAUAUAUAUAUACUUAAGCCUUAAAUAAGCAGUAAUAUAACAGUACAAUGGUGUCGAUUCUGGCACAAUUCUCUAAACUUAAACUAAAUUUAAAAUCAGUCUAUCCAUUCUGUAUAGAGAAUAACAAGGAUACACUGAUGUCAAAUUUAAGUUUAGGUUUAGAGAAUCAUGCCGGGAUCGACACCAGUUUCUCUUAAAUUGUAUUAAAUUAAUAUCAGAGUUCAGUAGGUACAUAUUAAUUUUAUUAUGUCCAAUAAGUCAAAUCUUUGAUAUUAAAAUAAUUAAGUACUUAAGUAAGAUGUGUUUUAUUUAAAAUUAUUAAAAAAAAAAAUUGUUAACACGCGUGCGCACUGUAAAUGUUUUCCUCCGUCGUUUAAUCAACCAGUAAGUACUUGGAUCAUGCACUAUAAGUAUCGAAAUCUGUCGUCUAAGACUUGGUACUAUCAGUCAUCUUGAUUUCUGACGCCAUCAUAAGCUUAUUUUCUUACAACUAAUGCAAAAUAUUAAGGUACAUUUUUGCUUAAAUGUAUGUGGGUAAUUCUAAUUCUCCCUGGAAAUAAAUGUGUACUUUUUAUAAUAUUUUUGAUGUGAUAUAUUUUGUUCCCUGUGACAUAUUGCUGACGUUUUACCAAAGUUUUUCUUGUAAAGAAAUCAAUACUUAUUUUGAUAUUGAAAGAGCGAUCACUUUUUUUCUAAUAUGAUCUACUGUCAAAGGUCUCUGAAUCACAUAAAUACAGUUUCCUUGUUAUUGGAAGGCCAUAAGUGCAAUUACGCAUUUUCUAGAGAAGAAAACUUAUCUGUGUUGACCUUAAAUUAAAACGAUUAAAACAAAAAGGGAAGAUCCGGUAUGCUAGUUUACAUCAAAUAAAAUAUGAUCUGACUCAACUACUUAAGCAACUUUCACACACACACAUCUGUAAAUAAACAUUCAAUCAAGCGAGCGAGACAGAACCAUGCUUCAACGCAACGCGAGCGAAACGACGGCCGCACGGCUGAGCUCAUUGUUGCCCUUUUCCUGAUAACAUAAUGGCGAUUACGUAAAUAACAUUCACGAUAAACCGUGAUUUUUGAGAAAAAUAUGAUUUUACAGUUUUUCGAAUUGUUAUUUGAUUUUGAACUAUUUGUGUUCAUUGUAAAAGCAUUGUUUUUAUCUUUAUAAUACAGAAUUUUACGCAAUAUUAUUAAAUUUAGUGCACAUGUAGCGUGUUUGAAUGUCCAAUUGUGACUUAAGCGAAUUGUGGUCAUGCACCACAAUUUAAGCAGAUACUGGUGUCAAUUCUGGCAUGAUUAUCUAAACUUAAAACUAAAUUUGGCACCAGUUUCUCCAUUUCAUUCAGCAUAGAGAAUGACAAGGAUACACUGAGACCGAUUCUGGGUUACAUUCUCUAAACCUAAACUUAAAAUUAGAGAGCUACCUAAUUUUAGUUUAGGUUUAGAGAUUUGGUAUUCUGAAAUUGCAAACUGACUAAAUUAAGAACACAGUUGACAGCUGUAAACGAGCAUCUAAAUUGAACUCACAGAUUAUGUAAAAGCAUACCGGUAAUUAUCGGUUUACUCAAAUUAGCAAUAAAUACUU